AUGCCCAAGAAGUCCCUCGGUAAGAAGAACAAAGGCCAAGAGGCCAAUGCGAAGCGGGCCGCUUCGAACGUGAGAUUCUCCAAUACUCAUGUCGACUGCGUCGGGUGCUCCGGCACCGGUAAGAAUACCCUCGGAAAAUUGAUUCUACGGGUGAUCGACGAACUAACAUUGGAAUUCGAGGAUCCAAAUCCCCCCGCCCCCCCCGCCAAGAAGCAACGUCCUGCCCCCGGAUCGUACGAGGAGGCUGUGCAGACUCUUGCGACCUGGGAGGAGAAGGCCCGCACGGCCAUAACUGAGGAGGAGCUGGCCAUAAGCCAGCGAAAAUAUUGCGUCAAGAAGGUUUCUGAAUGGCGCAAGAGGAGGGAUGAACGAACCCCUGCGGCGGACCUUGAGUCCCUUCUUGAGACUGCGGUCCAAGACUACGAGGACCAAGUGGCCAAGGAGAAGGCCGAGGCUGAGACUGCCAAGACCGACUAA